CCGCGUCCGGAGCGGGCCUGGGACUGGGCGGCGAGGCCCGGAGCCCCUGGCUCUCCGGCUGGGCUUGGGCGGGCCCAGGCUCGCGAGGCCCGCGGCCCGGCCUCGGGGACAUCAUGGACGCGCAGGGGCUGAAGACUUUGAUUAAUUACUAUUGUCAAGAGAGAUAUUUCCAUCAUGUGUUACUUGUUGCCAGUGAGGGAAUUAAGAGGUAUGGCAGUGACCCCAUCUUCAGGUUUUAUCAUGCCUAUGGUACAUUAAUGGAAGGUAAAACUCAAGAAGCUCUUCGAGAAUUUGAGGCUAUUAAAAAUAAACAAGAUGUAUCCCUUUGUUCUCUAAUUGCACUGAUAUAUGCUCAUAAAAUGAGUCCCAAUCCAGAUAGAGAAGCUAUUCUGGAAUCAGAUGCCAGAGUGAAGGAGCAACGUAAAGGAGCUGGACCGAAAGCUUUGUACCUUGCAGGCUUAUUUUUGUGGCAUGUUGGUCGUCACGAUAAGGCCAGAGAAUAUAUUGACCGAAUGAUCAAAAUGUCAAAUGGUAGUAAAGAGGGACAGAUUUUGAGAGCAUGGCUUGAUAUUACAAGAGGAAAAGAACCUUAUACAAAAAAAGCACUUAGGUAUUUUGAAGAGGGAUUACAAGAUGGAAAUGACAUUUUUGCUCUGCUGGGUAAGGCACAAUGCCUUGAGAUGCGCCAGAAUUAUUCAGGUGCUCUGGAGACUGUGAACCAGAUAAUCAUGAACUUCCCAAGUUUCCUUCCUGCUUUUGUAAAGAAAAUGAAACUACAACUAGCCUUACAGGAUUGGGACCAGACGGUUGAGACAGCACAGAGGUUAAUGCUUCAAGAUAAUCAGAAUGUGGAAGCACUAAGAAUGCUGGCCCUUUACUAUUUGUGUAGGGAGGGGGAUAUAGAGAAGGCUGCCACCAAGCUGGAAAACUUAGGAAAUGCAUUGGAUGUCAUGGAACCACAGAAUGCUCAACUUUUUUAUAAGAUCACAGUGGCCUUUAGCAGAACUUGUGGACGUAGUCAACUCAUUCUUCAAAAAACCCAAACGUUACUAGAAAGAGCUUUUAGUUUAACUCCUCAGCAAUCAGAAUUUGCUACAGAACUUGGAUACCAAAUGAUCUUACAAGGGAAAAUAAAAGAGGCCUUGAAGUGGUAUAAGACUGCCAUGACACUAGAUGAGACCAGUGUCUCUGCACUAAUUGGAUUUAUUCAGUGUCAAUUAAUAGAAGGGCAACUACAGGAUGCAGAUCAGCAGCUAGAGUUCCUUAGUGAAAUUCAGCAGUCUAUUGGAAAAUCGGCGGAAUUAACCUAUUUACAUGCAGUUCUUGCUAUGAAGAAAAAUAAACAACAAGAAGAAGUUAUUAAUUUGUUAAAUGAUGUCCUAGACACUCAUUUUUCACACUUAGAAGAUUUACCUCUUGGCAUACAGUAUUUUGAGAAGUUAAAUCCUGAUUUCUUGCUAGAAAUUAUUACAGAAUAUCUGAAUUUCUGUCCAAUGCAGCCUGCAAGUCCUGGACAACCUCUUUCUCCACUUCUCAGACGUUGUACCUCAAUCCUGGAGACUGUAGUAAGAACUGUACCAGGUCUUCUGCAAGCUGUCUUCCUAAUAGCAAAAGUGAAAUAUUUGUCAGGUGACAUUGAAGCAGCUUUUAAUAACCUGCGGCACUGCCUAGAGCACAGCCCUUCCUAUGCAGAUGCACAUCUCCUGAUGGCUCAGGUUUAUUUGUCUCAGGAAAAAUUCAAAUUGUGUUCUCAGUCCCUUGAACUUUGUCUGAGCUAUAAUUUUAAGGUGAGAGAAUAUCCUUUAUAUCACUUGAUAAAAGCUCAGUCACAAAAGAAAAUGGGAGAAAUAACAGAAGCAAUUAAAACUCUGCAUAUCGCAAUGAGUUUACCAGGAAUGAGGAGAAUUGGAGCUCCCGCAAAGUCGAAAUACAAGAAAACUGAAGUCGAUGCAAGCCAUCGUUUAUCAAUCUUUCUUGAGUUGGUAGAGGUUCACCGCUUAAAUGGAGAACAGCAUGAGGCAGCCAAAGUCUUACAAGACGCCAUCCACGAGUUUUCUGGGACAUCUGAAGAGCUGCGUGUCACUAUUGCUAACGCAGACCUAGCUCUGGCCCAGGGAGACGUGGAGCGGGCUUUAAGCAUGCUUCGGAAUGUUACAGCUGAACAGCCUUAUUUCAUAGAGGCCAAAGAGAAAAUGGCAGAUAUAUAUCUGAAGCACAGGAAAGAGAAAAUGUUAUAUAUCACUUGUUACAGAGAAAUUGCUGAAAGAAUGCCCAGCCCUCGUUCUUUCCUUCUCCUUGGUGACGCGUACAUGAAUAUUCAAGAGCCUGAAGAAGCCAUAGUAGCGUAUGAGGAAGCAUUAAAUCAGAACCCAAAGGAUGGAAACUUGGCAAGUAAAAUUGGGAAAGCUCUUGUCAAAACUCACAACUACUCAAAGGCAAUCACUUACUAUGAAGCUGCUCUGAAAAGUGGACAACAAAAUUAUCUUUGCUAUGACCUGGCUGAGCUCUUAUUAAAAUUGAAAUGGUAUGACAAAGCAGAAAAAAUUCUUCAACAUGCUCUAGCUCAUGAACCUGUAAAUGAACUGUCAGCUCUCAUGGAGGAUGCACGUUCUCAAGUUCUUCUAGCAAAAGUCUACAGUAAAGUGGAUAGACCUGGUGAUGCAGUCAUGUCAUUACAGCAGGCUCGAGAAUUACAAGUUCGGGUACUAAAACGUGUUCAGGUGGAACAGCCAGACGCAGUUCCUGCACAGAAACAUUUAGCAGCUGAAAUUUGUGCAGAGAUUGCAAAACAUUCUGUUGCUCAGCGAGACUAUGAAAAAGCAAUUAAGUUUUACAGAGAGGCUCUUGUUCAUUGUGAAACAGAUAAUAAGAUAAUGCUGGAGCUGGCACGAUUAUACCUGGCACAAGAUGACCCUGACGCCUGUCUGCGGCACUGUGCUCUGCUCCUCCAGAGCGACCAGGACAGUGAAGCUGCCACCAUGAUGAUGGCAGAUCUCAUGUUCAGAAAACAGGACUAUGAACAAGCCGUGUUUCAUUUACAACAGCUCUUAGAACGAAAACCAGAUAAUUAUAUGACAUUGUCUCGUUUAAUUGAUCUCCUAAGAAGAUGUGGAAAACUUGAGGAUGUUCCAAGAUUUUUCUUAAUGGCUGAGAAACGUAACUCCAGAGCAAAACUGGAGCCAGGAUUUCAGUACUGUAAAGGAUUAUAUCUUUGGUAUACUGGAGAACCAAAUGAUGCCCUUCGACAUUUUAAUAAAGCUCGGAAAGACAGUGACUGGGGCCAGAAUGCCCUUUAUAAUAUGAUAGAAAUCUGUUUGAAUCCAGAUAAUGAAACUGUUGGAGGUGAAGUAUUUGAAAAUCUGGAUGGAGACCUGGGUAAUUCGACUGAGAAGCAAGAGUCUGUUCAGUUAGCAGUGAGAACAGCAGAAAAGCUCCUUAAAGAACUAAAACCUCAGACUGUUCAGGGUCACGUACAGCUCCGCAUAAUGGAAAACUAUUGCCUGAUGGCUACCAAACAGAAAUCUAGCGUCGAGCAGGCGUUGAAUACCUUCACCGAAAUAGCAACAUCUGAGAUCACAGUGGCAGCGAUAAAUGACCCCAAACCCCCUACAGUGACCCCUUCCUCCUGCCUCCCAGGAUGCUGGAGGGCUUUGGAAGACUUACAACUCCUGUUGGUGUGUGGGUGCAAGCAUCCUUGGUGGCACUUGACCACCAUUGUAAGCCACCCUGGGAACAAAUCAGCAAAGCAGCAGCCACACAGUUCCAUCCUCAAGCAGAGCCCUCCUGCUGACAUUGAAGUAGUGUUCUCAGGGCGCUCAGCUGAGUUGACUGUGCGGCAGCAGAUGGAUAACAGCAGCUGACGGAACCAGAAAUAGGACUGCCCUAUAAGUCUAAGAAAGUCUGUAAAGCAUGAUGAAGCACCAUUUCAAGUGAGGUGUCAUAGCUACUGAAUGUUGUGAAGUAACCUUCUAUCAUGUAAGGAGAGGUUAAACUGUGAGGUUUGAGAGAGAACACUAAAAGCAGUAAGUGACAUCACAGCUGUUUCCUAGAAAGACUGUGCCAGUUUUUUGUUUCGCUGAGACUACAUUAUUUUUUAUCAUUCUUACAUAUGUGAUUCGUAUUAUACUGUCCUCAAAGCUGUUUACCGACCAUACUGUCCAAAGACUGAUGUAUGAAUUGACAUUUAAUAAGUGAAUUUUAUCUUGCGUUUUUCCCUUUUAACCCACAGGCUGCAUAUAUUAAAUAUAAUGAAUAUUCAUUAAGUAAGCAGUGGGUGCUAAGCACAGUCGGAAUCACAAAGAUAAGCCACAUAUAGUCCCGUUCUUCACGUUUCUCAUAGUCUAGGGGAGAUGAAGCGAGCAUACUGACUGUAGUGCAGAGUCAAAACUGUUACAUUCUGUCCCCACGUUGCAAAUAAAAGUGCUGUAGGAGACAGUAUAAGGAGCGCUGAGAGACCCUUUCCAUGGGAGAAGAUAUGAUUUAAGAAGAACCAGCAUAUAGAACGACCACAUGACCCAGCAGUCCCACUCCUGGGCAUAUACCCUGGGAAAACCAUAAUCCAAAAAGAUGCAUGUACCACAGUGUUCACUGCAGCACUAUUUACAAUAGCCAGGACAUGGAAGCAAGCUAAAUGUCCACCGACAGAUGAAUGGAUAAAGAAGAUGUGGCACAUAUAUACAUUGGAAUAUUACUCAGCCAUAAAAAGGGAUGAAAUUGAGUUAUUUGUAGGGAGGUGGAUGGACACAGAGUCUGUCAUACAGAGUGAAGAAAGUCAGAAAAACAAAUGCCGUAUGCUAACAUAUAUGGAAUCCAGAAAAAUGGUACUGAUGAACCUAGGGGCAGGGCAGGAAUAAGGAUACACAUGUAAGGAACGGACUUGAGGACAUGGUGAGGGAGGGGAAGGGGAAGCUGGGACGAAGUGAGAGAGUAGCACUGACAUAUACACACUACCAAAUGUAAAAUAGGUAGCUAGUGGGAAGCUGCUGCAUAGCACAGGGAGAUCAACUCAGUGCUUGGUGAUGACCUAGAGGGGUGGGAGGGAGGACCAAGGGGGAGCGGAUAUGGGGAUAUAUGUAUACAUAUAGCUAAUUCACUUUGUUGUACAGCAGAAACUAACGCAACAUUGUAAAGCAAUUAUACUCCAAUAAACAUGUAUUAAAAAAAAAAAAAAGAACCAGCAUAAAUUGCCUUUACACAGGUAGAGAUGGAGGAAGUGCAUUCUAAGUUAAGGGGAAAAUGUGAACAAAGGCAGGGAGGCAACGAAGCAUAGGGUAGAUUCACAGCACUACGCAAUGUUCAGAUUGUUUGAAAAAAGAGGUAUGUGACAGGAAGACAUGGGAGGUGAUUGAAAAAAGAGGUAUGUGACAGGAAGACAUGGGAGGAAACGGUGGAAGAUGCAUUAAACCCAAGCUAAAAUGUUUCCACUUCCUUUCUUCCCCUCACCUUGAACCAUAAAAGGUACGUUGCUUAUAAUAGAGCUCUGCUGUCUUUUGUGAUGUAAAGUUGUUGCAGUUUAGAGUGACUGAGAGAAGCUGGCUGAACGUCUUAGGAUGUCUGCACCAGAAAAGGCAUCAUGGGCCUAGUGCAGGGGUUAGAAUGCAAGCUUGCAGUUUCAGAAACCAUUCUUCAGCUCACUCAGGAGUGAUCAAGCUGUGAGGAACUGAUUCAUUCUAAUCCAACUCAGGGUGUGUGAUUUUUAAAUCAGAGUUUAUUUUUAAAGGUAUAGUGUGGGAUAUUUUUUAGUAUGUGAAUAGGUCUGAACAUUUUUCCAGGACCCUCCUCUUCCUGGCCUGUCCUAGGAUCUGGCUGACAAAUGCAUAGUAGGUGUCUAUUUUCUUUCCUCUCCAGCCCACCUGAGAUGGGGAUGUGGUUCAGUAAUUAAUAAUAUCCCCUCCGUCUUCAAAAUCUACUACCGAAUUGAUUGUAUUUGGCAUUCAAAUAAAAACAUUUCUGUCAUUCCUUAAUCAGGAGAACAAAGUACACAUUGGAAGUUUAUUGGUAGAGAGAAAAUUAGACCCAGGGAAGUUUUAUAUUCCUGUGUUCAUCAAGCUGUAAUGAAUUGCCCUUCUUUCUCUAUUCCAGGGUUAUUUCUGACUUCCAACCAUUAUCAGUGUUGCACGUUGAACUUUUUAACUACUUUAUUCUCCUUUUUGUUCCUUAUUAGUUACUGAAACUUGCUGUCUUACAGUGCACCUUUAUUACAGUCAUGGUAUUAUAAUUUCUAAAUCACAGUUUCUCAUCUUUUAUUUAUUUUUUAAAUGGAAGCCUUUCUCUUUAUAAAAGCUUCACAAUCCCUCUGCUGAAAUUUGAGAAGCAGUCUAGCUUUAUCAGGUGCAUACACAUUAUUGCCUAGGUAUGUUAGUUUUCAUAUUAGCUUGUUGGUUUCACAGAGUGACUUUUUCUGACUUUGUCUAAAAGAAUAGUGUCUUUUGUAGUUACUGUCAAGGAGCUGCAGACUCCAAAUCUAAAAGCAUAUUUUAAGGCAUGAGUCUAUUUCAUGUAAUUUCCAAGUGAUUAAUUAAUUGCAUGCCUUAUUUAUAACGUUUCCAUUGGUCAAACUGGGAGAAGAGGCUUUUGAAUAAAAUGAAAAGGGAGGGGAAUAGAGCAAUAGAAGUCAGUACAGAUAAGGAGUAUGAUUUGCAAGUAUAUCUUUCUGUUUGUUAUUCCUAUUUUACAGGUGAAAGAACUAAGGGGCCAGAAUGCUAAAUCUGAAACACAAAUGUUCAGUUAGGACUACACUGAGAUACGAUUUUAUUUUUUCUGUUUCUGUACAAAACCAAAACAGCCAGUCCAUCCCAUGAAAGAUCAAGUUUUCCUAAGUGCCUGGAGCUGUGUGGUUAUGGCAUCUGCAUUCUUAGUGAACUGCCUCGACCAGAUGGUUCUUCCUGGUAGCCUGAGGUUCCUUGAUGUGUUAAAUAGUGACCGUAUCACAGUAUUUAAUAGGAGCCAGAAAUGGAAUCCACAGGCUAGUCCCUGUAUUAUGCAGCACUUGCUACUUUCCAUGCGUUUCUUUUAAACAUGGCGCAUUUAUGUUUGUGUAUGGGGGGGGGGUCUAAACUUUGUUUUCUUAUAGAAGGAUCAUAUUCCAGCACUUUUGGGAAUGGCAACAGCUUAUAUGAUCUUGAAACAAACGCCUAGAGCCCGAAACCAGCUGAAGCGGAUUGCAAAAAUGAACUGGAAUCCUAUUGACGCAGAGGACUUUGAGAGGA